AUGUACAAGUUUAGACGGAGAAGUACUGGUCUCAAACAUCAUGUCAUACACACAUCACAGAGGUCCUAUACCUGUCUCGGGCAUGCAUAGCGCGCGUAACGAUAUUGAGUCUGUGGUGACAGCUCGUGUGGAGCGACUCUCGGAAGCGGGAAGUUAACUUAAGAGUGGGCGCGGCUGUGUAUGUUAGCGAGCCAGGAUGUAAGGAACACUCAAUAGCAUAUAAUACAAUGGCGACGAGUCGAAAAACCGCGAUUGCGAUGGCACGAUAUGGGGCCAUGGCGCUGACGCUGGACAAGUUUGAAUGUGGAGGUGAACCGACUUCCUUGGGAAUCCGAUGGGAACGUUGGAAGAGGGCACUCCGAAUAUAUAUAGAUGCAGCUGGCAUAGAAAAAAGUGAAAAGAAGAGAGCCAGUCUUCUUCAUUUUGGGGGACAAGAAUUGCAGGAGAUUUUCUACAAUAUCCCAGAUCCAGAUAUAGAAGAUGGAGGACCUAGAAGAGAUGUCUUUGAAAUUGCAUUAUCGAAGCUAGACUCUUACUUCUCACCGAAACAAAGUAAAGUGUAUGAACGACAUUUAUUCAGACAAUUGAAACAAGAAAUUAACGAAAAAUUUGAGAAAUUUUUAGUACGACUAAGACAGCAGGCAGUCAAGUGCCAAUUCCAUAAUGAGGACGAGAACAUAAUAGACCAAAUUAUUGAAAAGGGUUCCUCCAGCGAAUUGAGAAAGAAGAUUUUACGCGCAGGAGACGACAUGACUUUAGAAAAGAUAAUCAUGGAGGCGAAUUCUUUGGAAGCCGUUAACAGGCAACUGGAAGAUUUUGAAGACAAAGCGGCAAGCAAGGAAGGAGUAAAUAGAAUAAGUACAAAGCAAAAUAAUAACAAUGUGAAGAAAUUUAAAGAACCAUGUCAACGAUGCGGAAGCCGUUCUCAUGUAAAAUGCCCGGCAAUUGAUAAAGAAUGUUUUAGAUGUAAACGUAUAGGCCAUUUCCAGCAAAUGUGCCGUAAAAGAAAAAAUCCUGACGAUAGGAGUUUCAACACUAAGAAAUUCAAAAGUAAUAAAGAAUCUCAGGACAUUAACCAAAUGACUUCACAAGUAACAGAAGAAAUACAAUAUGUCUUCAAUAUUGACAGUGAUGAUACUAUUGAAUGUGAAGUUGGAGGAGUCAAAAUAAAUAUGUUGAUUGAUUCUGGCUCCAGAAGAAAUUUGAUAACUGAAGAAACCUGGGUAGAAAUGAAAAGUAGUAAAGUCCUGAUUUAUGACCAAAACAAUGAUAUGGAUAAGAUAUUUGUACCUUAUGGGAGUACAACUCCACUACCCUUACAAGGCACAUUUAAAGCAAAAAUAAGAGCUGGAAAUCAAACUCAAGAGGCUACUUUCUAUAUUAUUACUAAGGGCACAAGAGACCUUUUAGGCAGGGAUACAGCAAAACAGUUGGGUGUCCUUAAAUUAGGCUUACAAAUCAACCAAGUCCAAGAAGAAACAUUUCCUAAAAUAAAAAAUGUUGUGAUACAUAUACCCAUAGAUGAUACAGUCCCACCUGUAUCACAGCCACUCAGAAGGAUUCCUAUACCAUUGGAAAAGAAAGUUGAAGAAAAGUUAGAAGAACUAAUUAAGAGAGAUAUAAUAGAAGAGGUCUCAGGCUCAUCUAAAUGGGUAUCUCCAAUCGUACCAAUUUUAAAGGAAAAUGGAGACCUUCGAUUAUGCGUAGACAUGAGAAGGGCAAAUGCUGCCAUAAUGAGAGAAAAUCAUCCCUUGCCUACAAUGGAUAAGUUACUACCCCAAGUACGCGACGCCAAGUACUUUAGCAAGUUGGACAUCAGAGAUGCUUUUCACCAAUUAGAACUACACCCAGAUUCCAGACAUAUAACAACAUUCAUUACCGGCCAAGGCAUGAACAGGUACAAACGUUUGAUGUUCGGAAUUACCUGCGCCCCGGAGAUUUUUCAAAAAACAAUAGAGAAACUGUUACUUGGCUGUGAAGGGGUCAUAAAUUUUAUGGAUGACAUAUUGGUUUAUGGAAGAGACAAAGAAGAGCAUGACGCAAGACUCCAGCAAGUUAUAUCCGUGUUAAAUGAUAACAAUGUAGUAUUAAAACAAGAAAAAUGUAUAAUCGGAGUCACUAAAGUACACUUUUUAGGACAUGAACUAUCAGCGGAGGGUGUAAGGCCGUUGCAAAAGUAUUUAUCGGCGAUUCAGCAGUUCAGGGCACCUAAAACUGUUGCUGAAUUACAGAGCUUCAUGGGUUUGGUGAAAGAGCCUAUGAAAGUACUUCUGCGGAACAGGCCUGGAAAAAAUAUGAGCCUACAAAAUGACUGGGGAUGUAAACAAGAAACUGCCUUUGAAACACUGAAACAAGCAAUUAGCAAGAUACCUACAUUAGGCUACUACGAUGUCACAAAAAAGACCAUUGUGAUUGCUGAUGCGAGUCCUGUGGGUCUCGGUGCAGUUUUGGUACAAAUUAACAACAAUGAACCCCGAAUUAUUGCCUUCGGAAGUAGAACUCUGACUGACUGUGAAAGGAGAUACUGCCAGACUGAGAAGGAAGCACUUGCUUUGGUAUGGGCAAUAGAACAUUUCCAUAUAUUUUUAUACGGUAAACAAUUCGACCUGAUAACAGACCACAAGCCAUUAGAAGUAAUUUUCGGACCUAAGUCAAAACCCUGUGCAAGAAUAGAAAGAUGGAUUCUGCGGCUACAAUCAUACAAAUUUAAAGUCAUAUACCGACCAGGAAAAAACAAUAUUGCGGACCCAUUGUCUAGACUCAAUGACAAUAAUCUAUCUAGCGGUGAGCCAAUAGAGCACCAUAUACAGCAGAUAGUAGAGUACAUAAGACCUAAGGCUGUUUUGCUAAAAGAAGUGGCAGACCACUCGGAGAAAGAUCCGGAAAUACAAAAAGUCAAAGCGGGACUGUACCACAACAACUGGGACGAAGAGGUGAAAAUAUACAAACUAUUUCAAACAGAGUUAUGUUUUUAUGAAGAAGUUCUCUUGAGAGGUACACGUAUAGUUAUUCCAAAAGAUCUUCGAAAGAAAAUCCUGGAGGCUGCUCAUGAAGGUCAUCCAGGAAUAGUCGCAAUGAAAGCCCGGUUGAGAGCGAAAGUAUGGUGGCCUAGGUAUGAUAAAGAGGCCGAGAAGCUAGUUAAAUCUUGUGCCGGAUGUACAUUGGUAUCGGCUCCAAACCCACCUAAUCCCUUAAAGCGCCGUGAACUGCCAGAUGAAGCGUGGAAAGAUGUGGCUAUAGAUUUGCUUGGCCCGUUACCCAGCGGCGAUCAUAUUCUGGUGAUAGUCGACUAUUUCAGUAGAUACAAAGAAGUCAAAAUAUGUCGAAAGAUAGACAGCUCAGAAAUGAUAAAGAAUCUCACUGAAAUUUUCAGUCGUCUUGGAGACCCAGCGACCAUCACAGCGGACAAUGGACGCCAAUUUAUAUCAGAAGAGUUUAAAAUUUUCUGUACAGAAAGAGGGAUCAUAUUACACUCGACUAUCCCAUAUUGGCCACAAAUGAAUGGAGAAGUCGAGCGUCAGAAUAGAGAUAUUCUAAAGAGACUGCGAAUCAGUCAGAUAGAGAAAACAGAUUGGAAAUUAGCCUUGUUGGAAUAUCUAAGAAUGUACAAUAGCACACCACAUUCUGUCACAGGAAAAACACCCUCAGAAUUAUUUUUCAGGCGACAAUUUAGAGACAAAAUUCCCAUGAUCAGUGACUUGGGUCAAAAAGGAGAUAUAGAUUGGAAAGAUAAAGAUAUUGACAUAGAGGUGAGGGAUAAAGACAAAGAAUUGAAAGAGAAAGGAAAGGAGUAUACCGAUGAAAAAAGAAAAGCUAAGGAAUGUGAAUUGGUGCAAGGAGACAAAGUAAUAAUGAAAAAUAUGACAAAGGACAAUAAACUAAGCACACCAUUUGGACCAACAGCUCUGACUGUAGAAAAGGUGACCGGAGGGGACGUAGAGGUCGUCAACGAAGAAACGGGCCAAAGGUAUCGUAGGAACGUGGUCCAUCUCAAAAGAGUAGAUGGAGAGUGGCAGAUUAACCUGGUUAUAGAUUAUUGA